AUGCGACUGCAUGCCUACGAUUCCUUAAAAAACUACAAAGAAAAGGUUAAGUUUUAUCAUGACAAGAAGCUGGUGAAGAAAGUCUUUAAUCCAGGACAGAGGGUGCUGCUGUUCAAUUCAAGACUGAAACUUUUCCUUGGAAAGUUGAAGUCCAAGUGGUCUGGUCCAUUUAUGGUCAAGAAUGUUCUUCCAUAUGGAGCAGUUGAGUUAACAGAUCCUUCCUCUGAAGAUCCACAUGGAGCAGUUGAGUUAACAGAUCCUUCCUUUGAAGAUCCACAAAGAAGUUGGAUUGUCAAUGGACAAUGUUUCAAGCAUUAUCUUGGUGGUGAGGUAGAACACAUGUCCACAGUCAUGGAGCUGGUUGAUCUAGAUUGA